UCCCCAUCCUAGCAAGCCUUGUCACAGCCCACGGCACAUAGGGAGCCCAGCAUGGUAGCUCCUAACAGUUGCGGCUUCAAUUCCAGGUCGUCAAACUUACACCACCAGAUCGAGGCGAGUCGACGAGGGGUCGAGGACUGGAGGGGUUCAGGGAUCGGAGGCCAAUAAGUGACCUCAAGCAUCAGGCGACGUGAUAAUCUCUGCUGGAUUAUAUGAGGCCCUGCAUUGAUUCCAGCGAAGUGUUUGGCUUUGGUGAGAUUGCAAAAGCAAGUGCCAGUGGAAGCAAAGUUAUUUGUUGCGACAUCUCGUCUGAUGGCAAACUGCUUGCUACCGGUGGCCAUGAUAAAAAGGCUGUCUUGUGGAGUACCGAGCCCCUAGAGCCUAAAUCCUCGCUAGAAGAGCACUCGAUGCUGAUCACUGACGUUAGAUUUAGUCCAAGCAUGCCACGACGCCUUGCUACAUCCUCCUUUGACAGAACGCUGCGGGUUUGGGAUGCUGAUGAUGCGGAGUAUUCACUGCGUACUUUCACAGGACAUCAAGCAUCCAUUAUGUCACUUGAUUUCCAUCCUAACAAACAAGAUGUGAUAUGCUCCUGUGAUAGCGCCGGGCAAGUGCGUAGCUGGAGCACAAUUUAUUCUAACUGUCUGAACUGUGUUAAGGUGUCCAGGGGCGUUGCUUUUCAACUGAGAUUUCAACCUCGAAGGGGAAAAUAUCUAGCAACAGCCUCAGAGAAGGCUGUCUUCAUACUUGAUGGGGAAACACAAAUUGCCCGUAGAAGCCCUUUACAGGGGCACUCUAAGGAUAUUCAGUCACUUUGCUGUUCUCCUGGUGACUAUCUGGCUUCUGUCAGUGAAGACUCGGUCAGGAUAUGGUCGUUUACUUCUGGGCAUGAUGGUGAAUUUGUGCACGAGUUAAACUGCAGCGGGAACAACUUCUACUCUUGUGUUUUCCACCCAGCCUGUCCAUCAUUGCUAGUAAUUGGUUGCUACAAGUCUCUGGAACUCUGGGACCUAAGGGGAAAUAAAUCAAUUACGCUCAACAAUGCGCAUGAUGGUUUAGUUGCAGCCCUAGCAGCGUCCAGCGAGACAGUGCACGUUGCCUCAGUAAGUCACGAUAAGAUUGUUAAGCUAUGGAAAUGACUGGCGUAAUCCGUCUACCAUGCUGUUAUCCCUGGUGGUCAUCGUGACUUGUUAAUAAAAUGUGGGCUGGCUUGCUCUACCUCUGGAAUAUGUCAAAAAUUUGCCGGACACAAGUUGCAAGCUUUUUUUUUUUUACAUCAUUGUCUUGUAUGUGGUUGCAUUUCACUUUUCUGAUUCAAAACCAACAGUAUAUGGGUGUCCAUUGUUGUUUAAUUAAGGCUAGGAAAUAGCCAAAUACUUAUAUUGCAUCGACAUGCUUCUAUUCACUUUGUUACUUUUAAAAGAUCACAAACUUUGUUAUCA